GCAAACCACAACCAUGGCCUUCUCUCCCAUCCCCGCAACCAUGAAAGCCUGGACAUACUCCCGCCCAGGCCCGCACCGGAAAGUCCUCUCGCUCAUAGAAGUCCCAACGCCUCCUCUCCCAACCGGCAGCCAACUCCUGUUCAAAGUCGCCUACGCGGGAAUAGAUCCUUCCAACACCGACGUGAUGAGAAUCCUACCCUCUCUUCUGGUGCGAAAGAACGCCAUACCCGGAAACGAGUUCUCGGGAACCAUCAUGGCCCGUGGUCCCGACGCACCGGACCACUUCGCAGUAGGCUGCAAAGUACUCUGCGUCCCUCCCAACGAUGUGAUUCUUAGAGGCAGAGGCCCGUUCUGCGAGUACAUUUGUCUCGACAGUAAGACGAGCGCCAUCGCACUUGUGCCUGAGGGCUUGACCAUGGAAGAAGCAUCCUGUAUCGGACAAUGCGGUAUCAUGGCCAUGCUGAUCCAUAAGCACGGGAAGCUCCACCAGGGAAACGGAUACCGGAUCUUGGUCAACGGUGCAAGUGGGGGCUGCGGGUCGAUGUUCGUGCAAGCGGCCGUUGCUAUUGGCGCAAAAGAAGUCGUGGGAGUAUGCUCAGCGCCGAAUGCGGAGUUCGUGCUGGGCUUGGGUGCAAGCAGGGCCAUUGAUUAUCGCACGAAUACCCCACUGCACGAGUAUUUGGCGAAAGAGUAUGGCACCCGGCCGUUUGACUUCGUGCUCGAUACUAUCGGGGAGCAAGAGCUGUAUACGAGGUCCCCGGGAUUCUUGAAAGAGAAUGGAGCAUUCUUGAACAUUGGGAAUUAUGCACAUGGCAGGUUUUGGAUGUUGGUGUAUGUGAUUCUCAACAUUUUCUGGCCGUGGUGGCUGGGUGGGACGCCGAGGAAGUUUAUCAUUUUCGCUCCACGACGGGAUCCGGAGCUUAUGGUCAGGUUGAUGGGUCUUGUUCAUGAUGAGAAGAUUAAAGUUCAUAUUGAGAAGGUAUUUGCGUUUGAGGAGUUGUGCGAUGCGUUAGAUCUCGGAGACACGAAGAGAGUCCGUGGGAAAAUGGUACUUAGGGUUUGCGGAGAUUAG